AACUGGCUGCUUUUCUCCUUCUUCGCGGGUCCUAACACGGUGUCUGAUGGAGCUUUCUUACCAGACCCUGAAACUCACGCAUCAGGCGCGGGAAGCGAUAUAUUGAUACGGCUAAUGCUUUGGAGCAAGAAACUAAACUGGGAUUACGACACUUUGAAGUUUGUGACAACGUUGAUCUUGAAACUAUUUUGAUGGAGUAUGAGAGCUAUUAUUUUAUAAAAUUUCAGAAAUACCCCAAAAUUGUCAAAAAGGCAUCAGAUACAGCAGAAACUAAUUUACCACAAAGAAGUGGAGGGAAGACCCGAAGGGUGAUGAGCAACAGUAGUCAAAAUCUUCCCAAGAUCAAUCAGCAGAGGCCACGGUCCAAAACCACAACUGGGAAGUCAGGGGACACCAGAUCUCUCAAUAAGGAACAUGCUAAACAGGAGGUUAAUAACACCCACCAGGAGAGUGCUGACUUUGGCUUAAAUAUAUCAAAAAUCAACAAAGACAGCAGAGAGGAAAAUACCCCCCCACGAAGAGGCCAAAUCAUUGAUUUCAGAGGGCUGAUCACAGAUGCUAUCAAAGGAGAAACCAGUGAACUUUCCCUGAACACCUUCGACUGUAACCCAGACCCCUCAGAACGAUUGCUGAAACCUCUGAGUGCAUUUAUUGGCAUGAACAGUGAGAUGCGAGAAUUGGCAACGGUUGUGAGCCGGGACAUUUAUCUCCAUAAUCCAAACAUAAAGUGGAAUGACAUUAUUGGACUUGAUGCAGCCAAGCAGUUAGUCAAAGAAGCUGUUGUAUAUCCUAUAAGGUAUCCACAGCUAUUUACAGGAAUUCUUUCUCCCUGGAAAGGACUACUGCUGUAUGGCCCUCCAGGUACCGGAAAGACUUUACUGGCCAAAGCUGUGGCCACUGAAUGCAAAACAACCUUCUUUAACAUUUCUGCAUCCACUAUUGUCAGCAAAUGGAGAGGGGAUUCAGAAAAACUUGUUCGGGUGUUAUUUGAACUUGCCCGCUAUCACGCGCCUUCCACAAUCUUCCUGGACGAGCUGGAGUCAGUGAUGAGUCAGAGAGGCAUGGCUCCUGGGGGAGAACAUGAAGGAAGUCUUCGGAUGAAGACAGAGUUACUGGUGCAGAUGGAUGGGCUGGCGCGCUCAGACGAUCUCGUGUUUGUCUUAGCAGCCUCUAACCUGCCAUGGGAGCUGGACUGUGCCAUGUUACGCCGCCUGGAAAAGAGGAUUCUGGUUGGUCUCCCCAGCCAGGAGGCCAGGCAGGCCAUGAUCCACCACUGGUUGCCCCCUGUGAGCAAAAGCACAGCCCUGGAGCUGCGCACAGACCUGGACUACAGUCUGCUGAGCCAGGAAACUGAGGGCUACUCAGGCUCAGACAUUAAGCUGGUCUGCAGGGAGGCAGCCAUGAGGCCCGUGAGGAAGAUCUUCAGUAUGCUUGAAAAUCACCAGUCAGAGAGCAGCAAUUUACCUGGGAUCCACUUGGAUACCGUGACCACUGCCGACUUUUUGGAUGUGCUAGCUCACACCAAACCUUCAGCAAAGAACCUGACUCAGAGGUACUCAGCCUGGCAAAGAGAGUUCGAGUCUGUUUGAAAUCACAUUCACCCUGACCUGGCCACUAAGAAGAAAGGGAGGAGCCUUUCAGAGGUCCUCAAGUUUAUUAGUGUAAGUGAGAAAAGAACUUAAUGAUUGGAAUGGGAAACAGAAAGAUAUUCUUGAAGACUGGAUUAAUUUCAACAACUGUAUCUUUGGGACUCUGAGAUAGUUUCAUUAAUUUAUCAUUAUUGAAGUCGGCAGAAUGGUGAAGAUUUCAACUACAAAUAUGUGUGUGUGCUGUUAGGUCAGACAAUGGAAAUUUUCUUUACAAUUAGAUUUCAUAAAAUAUUCAUGAACAA